AUGGGUGACCCUCAGCUUCAAAUAGGCAUGAAGUUUAGGGAUUUUGAUCAAUUCAAAGCAGCUGUGAGGAAUUAUGGCAUAAAGAACAGAUAUGUGAUGAACUUUAGGCCAAAUGAUAGCACAAGAUGCAAAGCUAUAUGCACGAGAGGGUGUCCUUUUUAUUUGUGGGCUUCCCUUAUGACUAGGGGUGUCAGUACAGUGCAAAUCAAAUCAGGUCACCUUAAACAUGAAUGUGCAAAGGAACACAAGAAUAGACAUGUGAAUGCAAUGUGGAUAGCAAGAAAAUACAUGGAACAACUCAGGGCAGACCCUUCUUGGAAGCUCAGUGGAAUAAUGCAAGCUGUUAAGUUAAAUCAAAAUGUUGAGAUUAGCAGACUAACAGCCUACAGGGCAAAAUCAAUUGCUUUGAGGGAAAUAGAUGGGGAUGAAGCAACACAGAUGGCCAGUUUGUAUGACUACAGGUUAGAAUUGCUCAAGACCCACCCAGGAUCAACUGUCAAGUUCAGAUGUGAUGAUGGAAUUUUUGAAGCUAUGUAUGUGUGCCUUGCACCACUCAGGGCAGGUUUCUUGUCUGGAUGUAGGAGAGUUAUAUGUGUUGAUGGGUGUUUCCUUAAAGGAGUUUAUGGAGGUCAACUUCUGUCAGCUGUAGGUGUUGAUGCAAACAAUUGCAGUUACCCAAUGGCUUGGGCUGUUGUCAACAAAGAAAACAAAUACAACUGGUCCUGGUUCUUGCAAUUGUUAGGUGAAGAUCUGAAUAUUGAAAACAGCCAUGGUUGGGCAUUUGUCAGUGACAGGCAAAAGGUAUGA